AUGAACGGUUGCGCGACAGCGUGGCGAUCUCAAGAAGUCGAACGGCUCGCUGAAGAGCGGGCCAUUCGUAGCAAAGAUGAUUUACGAGAAAACAUGCUCAAGUACUGGCGAUUCAGAGAGUCUUUGUUUACGCGCUUUAAUGAAGGUAUUCUUCUAGACGAAGAAUCGUGGUUUUCUGUGACGCCGGAGGCACUAGCCUAUCGCACUGCUGUAGAAUGCAAGUGUGAAGUGGCUAUGGAUGGCUUCUGCGGUGCGGGUGGAAAUAUCAUCCAGUUUGCUAUGACAUGCGAUCAUGUGCUGGGCAUCGACAUUGAUCCCGUCAAGCUGGAAAUGGCCAGGAGAAAUGCCCAAAUCUAUGGCGUGGAACACAAAAUCACACUCUUAUGGGGUGAUUUUUGUGAGUUUGCUCGCGACGUCGAGAAAGUGAAGCAAGCUCGUCUCUGCGGAGAGGAGCCAGAAGACACCGGCAAAUGGGGAGGAUGGGAUCGCAAAAAAAUUGAUGUGAUUUUUAUGUCUCCGCCUUGGGGUGGUGUGGAAUACCGUGAUCCUUCCAAGCUUAAAGGAGUUAUACCCACUAAUAAGAAAUAUGUAAAUGCUUAUCCAUUCGCCGCAUUGCAGCCUGUGGGAGGUAAAAAGCUACUGGAGCUAACGUUUCUUAUCUGUGAUAAGCUUGUCAUGUUUGUCCCGCGCAACAUGGAUCUAACAGACGUAGCUGAUGCGGUGAACGAGGUGGAGUUUGGAACUAUGGUGCAUGUCGAAGAGAUGUGGAUGGGACAACGACUCAAGGCCUUGUCUCUCUUCUUUGAAAAGAAAGGUACGAAUAACAAGCCUGAGGUGCCUCAGUCCUCAUAG